UAAUCCUACUUUAUAUCUGGUGGUUAUGGAUAACUUUUCUGUCUCCUUAUGUUAGUUUUACAACCUAUUGUUAACUGUAACAUACCACAAUGUUAGGAUUUAUAAUACUACUUAUAGGGAAUGUUUAAAUCUUGCCAUAAUAUUGCUGUGAUGUCUGCUGAUGAGAAACUGACAGAGGAGGGGUUAUCUCCCCUGAUCCUUGACCAGGAUGUCCUCCCAAUCACUGAUGCUGGUAACAUAUUGGUGACACUACAUCUCGGUGUAACAGGUGCCCUCUUCUUACUUACUGACAUAUAAUUAUUGAUACAUUAAUAUCUAGUGGACAGACAGGUUCAUUAUAACAAACUAAAAUGGAGGAACAUGUACACACACAUGCUAGUGAAUUUUUAGAUAUGGUUGAUUUUGUGGAGAGUCAAGAUUUUGGGGCUGAUGACGGAGAGAUGACAGAAACUGAACUUCAGGUAGAUAAUUCUGGUCAAAUGCAGAUAUCACAGGAGUCCGCCUCCAGUCUUGGAGUGAAGCAGGAAUGUACUGGGUGUAAGAAGGAGAUAGCAGAACGGUACAUGUUAAAGGCUAUGGACCAGUACUGGCAUGAGGACUGUCUGAAGUGUUCCUGCUGUGAUUGUCGACUGGGAGAGGUGGGAUCUACACUGUUUGCCAAGGCUAACUUGUUAUUAUGCAGGAGAGAUUAUUUGAGAUUAUUUGGUACCACAGGGUAUUGUGCUGCCUGCAGUAAGAUGAUUCCAGCAUUUGAAAUGGUUAUGAGAGCCAAAAGUAACGUGUAUCAUCUGGAAUGUUUUGCUUGUCAACAAUGUAAUCACAGAUUUUGUGUUGGAGACAAAUUCUACUUGUGUGAUAACAAAAUAUUGUGUGAAUACGAUUACGAGGAGAGAAUGGUCUUUGCUAACAUGCCAUUUAAUUACAAUGCACUGACUCAAAUCAAAAGACAAACUCAGAGUCUCAGUGACGAUUUGUCGAGUGGAUAUGGAAGUCCAAGUCCAGGCUCGUUAUGAACUAUGGGAUAUAAUGAUAUGUACCGGUUCUAUCAUAUGUGAUGUCUCCCAUUGGCUGCAGGUCAGAGUUCAGGAAUCAUCAGUAUCAUACAAAUGAUUGACAGUCCAAACUUUUCUUCACUACUAAAGUGUAGUAGGGUUUUCUUUUUAUCAAUAUUGUCUUUUCUUAACUGUUUCAUAGAAAUACAGAUUUCAAAUUUAUUGAAGCAUAUAAAUCUUAUGAAAUUGAGAUUAGACUGAGAAUAUGUAAUUUUUCUUCAAAAAAAUAAUUAUGAAAUGAAAGUUUUCAACAGGUAUAUUUUGUUGUUUAUGUAAAGCACUUAUGUAAUUUUUUGUGUUCUUUUUCUUAGUAAUACAUGUACAUAUAAGUAUGACUGUAUACCUCAAUAGCAUUGUCUAGUCAAAUACAUUCAUAAAAAAAUAUGUAAAUCGUUUAAGCUUUACUUAUUUAUAAAUUGUGGUUAUUAUUACAAAAGUCACCAUAUUCUUUAAUGAUAUGGACAUAUUUUUUUCUUCUUUUUUCAAUACUACCAAUGUUUUUUCCAUACAUGAUAUAAUACAUAUACCUAAGAUACAUGAUUAUUUUGCUGGUUUUUUAUCAGUAAUUAUUGGUUAAAAAACAACACAUCACUUCUACAAGGACUGGAAAAUUUUAAGUAUGCCAUAUGAGACUUGAUUUUUGUGAAUUUUAUAUGGGAGAUAUCUUGUGUGUACAUUCCCAGAGUAUGGGGUUCAAGUGAUUAUAUCUGAAUGAAUGAUAUUGUUUCUUGUGUGGAUGUUGAGUACUUGCUAUUUUUAGAUAUAAUGAUAGAUCAUGUGACUAAUUUAAUAUUCAGAUUCAGUUUGUUUAUUUUUUGAAUUUGAAGUAUAAUUUUACUUUCGUUAAAAAAAAUGGCCAAUCAGUGCUACUCAUUUUACAAAAUAUUCUUAAAACAAAAAAAUAAUUGUUAUCAGUUUAAAGUUUCAGUAUAACUUUUUGACUAGUGUCUGUAUGAAGAGAAGGAAAUUCUAGAAUGGAAUUACUUCAAUUUAUUUUGUUUUUUUCAGAAGUACAAUUUUGUUUUAUUAUUUUUUUAGUCACUGUGAAUAUCAUCAUAUAUUUAUAUUUAAAAUAAGAUAUAUUAAAUUUACUUUAAAGUGAAAUCCAAAACAAACUUUGUUUACUUUCCAAGAGUUUAGUGCUAAUUUUGUAUAUAUUAUAUUAUUACUUUAUUUAUAAUGAAAUAUCCAUACUUAUAAAUAUUGAAAUAUAAAAAAAAAAGAUAUGACAGGCUGAAAAACUUGGGAUGAACCUAUGGACUGGAAUGAAUUCUAAGGAUUUAUCUUUGGAGCCAAUCCAAUAGUACAUCCCUGGAAUUUGUGAAAAACGUUAACAUUCCAUUUAUUGUGAAUUGUUUGGUAAUUUUGUGUUCAUAUUGUAUACCUGAAUUUUUAUUUUUAAACUUGGUAUUUUUUUUCCUUAACACUGAAUACCAUUUUUAUUUUGUGAUUUUAAAGACUUAGAAAGGUCUGUGUAGUGGAUGGACAACACUUUAAUUUGGAUCAUCCAUUGCUUUAAAUUUUAGAAAAAUGGUAGCUUAGUAUGAUAUGUAUUCUAUAUUUCUUACAA